AUGACCAGCACUCUCUCCCACCCUCAAUACCAUGACUGAGGUGAGACCCUUGAGCAAGGCACCGAACCCCCAACUGCUCCCCGGGCGCCGCAGCAAAAAAACAAAAGGCUGCCCACUGCUCCGGGUGUGUGUUCACGGUGUGUGUGUGUUCACUUGGAUGGGUUAAAUGCAGAGCACAAAUUCCGAGUAUGGGUUACCAUACUUGGCCACAAGUCACUUCACUGUUGGGGCCAGGUGCAGGUCAUUGAGGGAGUCAAUGAGUAAAUUUGGUGUUUUCUGCAAUUCACAUUUUCCUGGGACAUAUAGAUUUUCUGUCUGGCUCUUAUCUGCAUUAACAAGGCGAAAACACACCGUUCACAUUUUUCUGUUUUGCCAAUUGUUGAUUAUGGUAACCGACAGUUAACUGCAGUUAAGAGGACACCAGUUUUGCUCACGGUCUGUUUUUCACAUUUUGGAACCUGGUGAGUUGUUUUCUAUGUUCAAGUAGUAGAAAUGAAUUAUUUUAACACUGUAGAAACGUUUCCGGGUAGAAAAAGUGAAUGUGUAAAUUUGAGGUUGACUCCAGUGUGUUGGAACAUUUGAAAAUAACAACUUUCAUUUUCACAGCAUUUAGCUGAUAUCAAUUAUAUUGUUCCACUUAAUAUUUUGCGGUGGUAGCGGUAGAAUUCAGAAAUUCAAAUUUUUAUUGAACUUAAAGCUAAUGUAAUUUAGUCAGUAUAAAUAACUGCUUUACUUCAGAAAAAAAAAAAAAUCGACGCCCAGUUUUAAUGUUAGUCUUAUUGCCCUACUAUUUUUUGUUCAAAGACACUUGCAUGCUUUGGAAAUGCAAGUACUGUCCUGCUAUCUGUGAGAAAAGAGGACAGCUUUUCAAACCUUAUAGGUUAAAACAUGGAAGUUAUUCAAGAACUGAGCCCUUUCCCCACCUGCAUCAGGAAUGCCUGUGUACAUUCAAAUCUCUCAAUGCACUCCAUACUCAUUUAUCCCGCUUUCACGCCAUGGAUCAACAGCAAACCAUGGAUCAACAGCAAACAACAGACUUGCAAAUUAAGUUUCGCUGUUUGUCAUGUGAGUUUCUUGAGCCCUGCUCUGAAACUGAAUACUUUGCACAUCUGCGGAAUACACACUUAAAAGUAAACCACAAAAUUGAUUGUCCAUAUAAAGACUGUAAUUUUCAGAGCAGUGUAUACUCCACUUUCAAUGCACACAAAAGUAAAACACACAGAGCAUACUUGGAAGAAUUUCAAGCCUGAAAUCACUGACAGGAUCACCAGUGACACUCGUGAUAAAGUAGCCCAUGAAGGUCAGGGUGAGCAAGUGCAGAUGACAACGUCUGACACGGAGGAUUUAGAGGUCAGUGAAGAAGCCAGCGAAAAUGACCUUCAUGAUUUAAGAAAGCAGCUUGAACAAAAUCUAGCAUCUGUUAUUGAAAAUGCAAACUAUUCUGCAUAUUCCUGAGAGUGCUGUACAAGCAGUGAUAUAACACCUUUGCCAGAUACAUAGCCUGUCCCAGCCACUACUGCACAGUAAAAUACUUCAGAAAUAUUCAAAUGUGGAUGAAUUAGUUGUAAAAUAAGUAAUCUGUGCUAUUUCACAAAGUAAUGUGAUAACAUCAUUGUGUAGCAAAGGUGGAUCUCUGGGAACUGUUAAAAGGAGAGCAGCCUAUGUGCAGAAAGAGUUUCCAUUAGUAAUGCCCAUAGAAUAUGUUGUUGAAAAAGGUAAAAAACCUAUUGUAUAUGUCCCCAUACAGCACAUGCUCCAGAAAGUGUUGAACAAAACUGACAUUUUGAUAAAGCAAUGAAUGUUCCACAUGAAUACAGAUCAUAUGCCGAUGGAGAGCACUUUAAGGAAAAUCGUCUUCUUUCUGGGGAUGAGUUCACAAUUGCACUCAUACUUUAUCUGGAUGACUUUGAAAUAGCCAAUCCUUUGGGAACAUCAAAACAGAAACAUAAAAUGUGUGCAGUGUAUUGGGUUAUUGCUAAUAUACCUGUAAAGUAUAGGUCAACACUCAACUCUACCCAGGUUGCUCUACUCUGCAACACCUCCACAAUGAAACAGUAUGGUUAUGAGAAAGUGCUGCAGCCUCUUAUCCUUGAUCUUAUCUCAUUAGAACAACAUGGUGUUUAUGUAGAACAGCUAGGUGCAAAUGUGAAAGGAACAGUCUUGUUUGUAGCAGCUGAUAACCUUGCUGCCCACUCACUUGCAGGAUUCUAUGAAAGCUUCACAGUGGAAGUGUGUAUGGCAUCCAGGAGUGACACCCAGCAACAAGAGAGCACCGAGCCAACAGCCGUUAGAUGCCUUGUCCUGAGGGGACUUCCAGUCAUUUUUGGAGAUGAUGCAUCUAUGUUCUUUAAGAGCAGCUCUGAUGAAGUCUCCUUGGACAUUCCAGUGGGUAUCCUCUGCUUUGAGGACAACAGAGCCGCAAGUCCAGCAUCGCCACAACUGAACCCCUCAAGAGUGGGAAUCAUCCUAGAGGGCAGCCUUGUCAUGGAUAAACUCACCAGCUUGCCUCAGGCAAUGUGCCCACUGGUGCCCAUUAUGGGCCCGCUGCAUGCCCACAGUUACUGGCAUGAAAAGCAGGGCACAUGUGGGGCCCAAGUGGGACAGUCUAGUAGUCCCACUCUACUUAGUGUGGGAAGCCCACCCUCAGCCCACACUUUUGGGCUGUCCCACUGGGGCCCCACACGGAACACAAAGGGGCAUGUUUGCUGGGAAGCGGCGUCAGACACUUUUAUAUUAUGGAACUCUGCUGCUACACUUGUGCUGCUACAUCACACAAUAGCCCAUGUUCUGUGUAUUUAUUGUUCUGUGUAUUUAUUGUCUUGCAUUCAUCUGACACUGUUGUGUAUUUGCACUUUAUGUAGUUUUGCAUACUGUUCUGUGUUGCACCAUGGUCCUGACGAAACAUUCAUUUCAAUGUAUAAAAGCUAUAUAGAGGAAUGAAAAUAAAAACUCAUUUGACUUAACACUUGACUUUAAAUGAAUUGGGAACUGUGUGAAUACCUUCCCCAAACACUUUUUGACACCAUGAACACAAUUCAAGAUUCAGCUUAAGCAUACUGUAAGCCUGUGGUGAAGGAGUGGUAACUGAAACUUGAGAGUUUCUCUGAUUUUUUUGUUUUUGUUUUUGUUUUGUUUUUUGUUGUGUUUUUUCCAGACUACAUCCAAAAGAAAUUCAGUGUUUCUACAUCUGAGAUAAAGGCAAUCAAGCUGAACAAUGAGGAUAAGCUC